GGAAGUGGGGGGCGCCCCACCCCUGCCCUCGGGAUCUCAGGGGACUGCGGGUGUGGGGACCGGGAACCUACCUUUUAAGGUCUACGGAGCUCCACCUAUCUGUCCAGGAGGGUCUGGUGCGGCGGUAGGACGAUGACCUUCCUUCCGGGGUUAUAGGAAAGAGGUGACUUGCUCUUUGGCAUCUGGUGGACUUAUAUCCUUUCCAUUAGGGAUCUGAGGGGUUCAUACGGUCCUGCCCUCGAGGAUGGCGGGGAAGGGGCAAGGGGGCAGGCAUCGGCUCUGCCUCCCUCCACCCUCCCCCCCCAGUUCUGGUAGAGCACACAAUCCUGCCCUUAGGAGUAUGGGGAAUCCCUGGCUGUACACCCAGAGUUGGAGGUGGAAAAGGGCAUAUUGCCUUCUGGAGCCAGAGGCAUGCCACGGCCCUGCCCUUGAAAAGUGGGGGGCACGACCCCACCCUCCGUGUUUGAGGGUAACAGGACACCUUGGCCUUCCUGUCUGAGAGAAACCCAGUACUACCCUCUGGGGUCUAGGGAAAACAUUGCCAUUGGGAGUCAAGUGGGCACCCGGCCUUGCUUUUUAGGGGGCAGAGGACAUCGUCCUGACCUGGGGAGCUUUGGUUCAUUCACUCAUUCAGUAGGUAUUUAUUGAUCACCUAUUAAGUGUCAAGUAUGUUGCAGGCACCCUGAAUACAGAGUCCUUCUCUGACUUGGUGGAAACCCCAGCCUAGCGGGGGAGGUGGGCACUAAUCAAAUCAUCCCAAAUGACUGUAAAAUUGGUUUAAAAAAAAAAAAAGUAUGAUACUCUUUCUCCGGAUAGGGGGCUUGUCACAUCUCCGGCACAUUUGUGCAGUCCGUUCUCCUGCCACCCCAGAAUCCCAAAUUCCCUCAGUCUUCUCGAAAGACUUCCCAGGAGAGCCCAAACGCGUCUGGGUAGGCUCUGGGGCAUCUCGGAAUUAUUUAGGUCCCCCAGCUUGGGGGAGACAGCAGAGAAGGCUAGGCAGGGGGAAGAGGAAUUAUAGUCGCUGGCCCCUCUUUCCCGGCAAGAAGCUGCAGGCGGCGCUCCUGACGAAACUGCCUUCUGUUUGGUGGCGGGCAGCGGGCAGAGUUGUAGGGAAAGGAACCCCUGGCAAUGGUGAAAUUUGCUUCAAGAUACCAAUGGUGCUCUUGGAGACCCGCCUCGGGUUUGGCAGUAGGAAAGGUUUCCUGUCUGUAUUUCUAGGCGGGGCUUCAGAAAAGCCCACCUCCUGGCUGGCAGCCGCCUGAGGCUACUGUAGGCGGGGCUUUGAGUGGAAAGACCCUCUUGGGUUCAACUUUAGGAGGUUCCGUUUGCGACUAGGGGCGGGACCUCAGGCAGACUCGCCUUCUGGUUGUCUGAGGCGGGGAGGUGGGCGGGACCUUAGAGGGAAGGGCCAGUCAGACCCGCAGGGUUGUGGGCGGGGCUUAGGAUAGAGGAAGCGGGCGGUCAGAGGUACGGCUCCGCGCCUGCGCGGGCGACGGUCUGUUGGUUGCUGCUCUCUGCCUCUGGGUGGUUGGGGCUUUACCCUGCUGAGCUACGCGAUGCGGAGGCUGCAGGUGGUGCUGGGUCACCUGAACCGCCAGCCCGCUUCGGGCCCGGAGCCGGCGCCGCGGGCCGCGCCGUGUUGGAGCGGCGCUCCGCGGAAGUCGGCGGAGGAUGUAGUGGUGGUGCACGGGCGGCGCACGGCCAUUGGCCGAUCGGGCCGCGGCGGCUUCAAGGACACCACCCCCGACGAGCUUCUCUCCGCCGUCAUGACCGCGGUUCUCCAGGACGUCAAGCUGAGCCCGGCCCAGCUGGGAGAUAUCUGCGUGGGAAAUGUGCUUCAGCCUGGGGCCGGAGCAUUAAUGGCCCGAAUUGCCCAGUUUCUGAGUGACAUCCCAGAGACCGUGCCUUUGUCAACUGUCAAUAGACAGUGUUCGUCAGGGCUCCAGGCGGUGGCCAGCAUAGCUGGUGGCAUCAGAAAUGGGUCUUAUGACAUUGGCAUGGCUUGUGGGGUGGAGUCCAUGUCCCUGGCUGACAGACAGAACCCUGGAAAUGUUACCUCUCGCUUGGUGGAGAAGGAGAAGGCCAGAGAUUGCCUGAUUCCUAUGGGGAUAACCUCAGAGAACGUAGCCGAGCGGUUUGGCAUUUCGCGGGAGAAGCAGGAUACCUUUGCACUGGCUUCCCAGCAAAAGGCAGCCAGAGCCCAGAGCAAGGGCUGUUUCCAAGCUGAGAUUGUGCCUGUGACCACCACGGUCCGUGAUGACAAGGGCACUGAGAGAAGUGUCACCGUGGCCCACGAUGAGGGCAUCCGCCCCGACACCACCCUGGAGGGCCUGGCCAAACUGAAGCCUGCCUUCAAGAAGGGGGGCUCUACCACAGCUGGAAACUCUAGCCAGGUGAGUGACGGGGCAGCUGCCAUCCUGCUGGCCAGGAGGUCCAAGGCAGAAGAGUUGGGCCUUCCCAUCCUUGGGGUCCUGAGGUCCUACGCAGUGGUUGGGGUCCCGCCUGAUAUCAUGGGCAUUGGACCUGCCUAUGCCAUCCCUGUAGCUUUGCAAAAAGCAGGGUUGACGGUGGAGGACGUGGACAUCUUUGAGAUCAAUGAGGCCUUCGCAAGUCAGGCCGUCUACUGUGUGGAGAAGCUGCAACUGCCCCCUGAGAAGGUGAACCCUCUGGGGGGUGCGGUGGCCUUGGGCCACCCGCUGGGCUGCACUGGGGCGCGACAGGUCAUCACACUGCUCAACGAGUUGAAGCGCCGUGGGAGGCGGGCGUAUGGGGUGGUGUCCAUGUGCAUCGGGACCGGCAUGGGAGCCGCCGCCGUCUUCGAAUAUCCUGGAAACUGAAAGAGGCCCAGCCCAGUGCUCUGGCAGUAGCGCUACAGACGUGAUACCUGGGGAGUUCCAGCACCGGUGGUAGUGGCAAAUCAAGACACUUCAGCUAAUUAAUUUGGCAAAUGUGAACACUGAUGAGACAGUACAGGAGUGGGUGAGGUAUCGGGCUGCCCUCUGUCGGGCCCCUCUAGCUGAGACAGACAGGCAAAGGUGGCCUGGGUCACCCAGCCUGCAAGGCUACUGUGUGAUUCCUGGGGAAAGGGGCCUGUGGAUGCGGAGUGCAGUAAACAUCGCAAAUGCAUUA